AAUGUUAUGUAGAGGGUGAUUCCCGACAUUCACGCACUGAUCAGCUGAGAAGAGAUUUACCGGUAGACUCCAAGCAAAGUCAAACUAUUACCAAUUUGACAGCCAUUUACUUGUAAAACAGAAACAGAAUAAAACUUCGUGUUUACAUCUUGCAGAGGAUAUGUAAGAAAUAUUCACCAUGGUUCGAGUUUUGUGUCAGAAUUCGGUGGGAGGAGGGUGUUGUCGCGGUCAGAUGGAGGAACUGACCCCCGUGGAGUUUAUGGAGGGAAAAUCGUGCAGUGUCAUUGAUGCUGCGAUGGCUAGCCGUGCUGCAGAGGCCUUGAAUGCCCACAGCGAGGAUUCUAAUUCUAAUUUUAGCUCCGACUUCAAUAAUUCCGGAAACUCCGAUUCCUACAGUGAUAGCGACAUGGAAACCAAGGUCUCUCGUUGCAUCGAUGUGGCGGAUCCAACUUCUGACAAAAGACAGAAUGGCGACAUGAAGCGCCAGCGCAGAAGAGAAAGGAACAAGGUGUCGGCCCAGGCCUACAGACAGAGAAGGCGCGCCCAGACCAGCACUCAAAACCAGAUGCUCGUCGAUUUAGAGAAGCGUCAUGAAGAAUUAUUGGCGACGGUACGCAAUCUUGAGGAGCAGAAGGCUAUUAUUGAAGGCUUGAUUAAGAAGAAGGCGAAGAUUCCUUGGCCUUGGGGCUAUCCCACAACACAUCCCUAUGCCCCCGUCACAGAGGGUACAUGUGGAGCCGCUUCAAGCAUGGACGCCCCAAUGUCCAUGAAUACGAGCGCCAUAGUGGCAUCGUGAUGCACAGUAAACCAAAGAGGAGUUUACUGCCGCUCACUUUGUACUGAUAUGUUUGCGCAAGCGCAAGGGAGACUUACGUACGUCAUAUCCCGUGAAUCUAGCUGUGUUGGCCCGGGGACUUCGGAUGACAAGGUCUCUAUGUAUGGGUUUAAGCAAAGUUUCCUAAUGAUGGCGGCUUUUGCUGCACACUAGAUUGUAUGACAUAUUGUCUCGUGUUUUAAUAUGAGUGACAGGACUGAUACCGAUAUUCUGCCAGAGAACUGUCAAAUAUGGACAUCCAAGUUCCCGAAAAAUUGAUAUGUUUGAUCAGACAUUCUGACUGAUAAUGUGUUUUCAAUGUAACACAAUACUGCCAUGUUGUUUUCAAUCUCUUGAUAUUUGUGAGCGGCAGAGGAAAUAUAGCAUUGUUUGACUUACAUCAUUACACAAUUAGUGAUUUGAUUAAAUAUUUUAUACCAUUACAAA